AUGGCUCACUGGCUCGUUUUAUACUAUUCAAGGCAGCAACAAGCCCUGUUUCUGCAGUUGGCCAUUUUGGAUUCGGAUUUGGCUUUUAUUGCAAUUGGGCUUUUUCUGUCAGCAAAUUGGAAGAGUCCAGUUAGAGAAAAUGCAACACUCAAAUUCUCCCACGGUGGAAAUUUGCCCUUGAUAGACGAAAAUGGUAUUGAAAUUUGGUCAACUCAUACAUCUGGUAUGUCUAUUGUUGGUAUGAGAAUUGAUGAAAAAGGCAACAUGAUACUCGUGAACGAAAGCAAUGGCCCUGUUUGGGAGUCUUCCCUCUAUCCUACCCAUACUCUUCUACUUGGGCAAGAUAAAGGGUGGAACCUUGGAGAUGUAUGGAGAACGGUUCACUUUUGGCUGCAUACAUCAGACGAAUGUUGGAUCCCACUCAAGUGUGGCAGGCAUGGGGUUUGCAAAUGUGGUGAGUGCACUUGUCCUGUUGCACCAAAUGGCGCGGACUACUUUACAAUAAGAAAUUAUCAACAUUCUAAUGAUGGUUGUCGCGAAAUCAAUCGUCCACAAGGACCAUUUCCAGGUACACCUCCUGAAUAUGAAAUGAUUUAUUCCGGAAAUCUUUCCUAUUUCACUAGCUUUGAUGUGAAGGCGUCUACUCUUCAAUUAAUCAAUGAGAAAAGAUGCAAGCAAGCCUGUAAGGAAAAUGAAGCUUGUAAAGCUGCCUUUUUCAUUUCUAUGAAAGCAACUUCGGAAGGAUAUUUUUCUUUGCAUUCCGAUCUUCUCUCAAUGAUAGGUAAUCCACGUGAAGGAGGGUACCAUGUAUCAUCAUACAUAAAGGUCGCUUCCUCUUCCUAUCCGGAAAACAGACCUUUUCACUCUAAGUCUUGGAAGCUAAUGCUAUUAGCUAUAUAUGCCUUUUUGCUAAGUAUGAUUGUUGUUGUUACAAUAUGCUUCCUGCUACGGGAAAAGAUGAACUGUGCUUGCAUACAACAGAAUGAUCUUAAGUCAGUCAUCUCAAGAACUCUAAUAAGUUUCUCUUACAGUGAAUUAUCUUUUGCAACUGCUAAGUUCACUAAAAGGUUGGGAGGAGGAGGUUUCGGAGUGGCGUAGAAAGGGAUGCUAAAGGAUGGAACAAUGGUUGAAAUAAAGCGGCUUGAAAACACCGGGCAAGGGAUUGAAGAGUUUCUAGCGGAGGUGGACACAAUCGGAAACAUACAUCACAUUAACUUGGUGAAGCUAAUCGGUUUUUGUGUUGAGAAAAGGCACAGGAUUUUAGUUUAUGAAUAUAUGAGCGGAGGGUCGUUGGACGAAUGGAUCUUCCAUGAAAACAGAAACUUUUGUCUCGAUUGGAAAACAAGAAAGAAGAUUGCAUUAGACAUAGCAAAAGUGUUAGCAUAUCUUCAUGGAGAUUGCAGACAAAGAAUUGCUCAUUUAGAUGUCAAGCCGCAAAACAUUCUUGAUGACAAUUUCAAUGCAAAGGUUUCUGAUUUUGGGUUGCCAAAGCUGAUUAAUAGGGAUCAGAGUCAAGUAGUGACCCGGAUAAGAGGCACGUUGUGGUACUUAGCUCCUGAGUGGCACCACUCAAGAAUUACAGUAAAAGUUGACAUUUACAGCUUUGGAAUUGUUCUCCUAGAAGUUGUCACGGGGAAGAAGAUCUUAGAUUACAGUCAACCGGAUUCAUAUGUUUGUUUUCUAAAUCUUUUAAAGAAUAAGUGCCUUGAGAAUCAGCUGAUGAAUAUUAUAGACCUCACAAGUGAAGAUCUGCAACAGCACCUUGAAGAAGUCAUUGCUAUGACAAUGCAGGGACCGUGGUGUGUGAAUGAAGAUUGUACGAGACGACCCUGUAUGAGUUCAGUGGUAAAGAUGUUGGAGGAAGAGAAGAUGCCUGAACCAAGCUGCCAUUUGAGGUUUCCUCUAGCAUUUCCUUUACCACCCUCUGAUAGUUACUCCUAGUAAAAGCUUAAUUCCGCAACAUGGACAUCACUAUAAACAAUUAUCAUAACCUUGUUAUAUCUGGCUGCCAACUAGAUUAAGUAGCUCUUUUACAGAAAAAAAAUGCGUUUGCCGGGAGUCGAACCCGGGUCUAUUGCUUGGAAGGCAAUUAUCCUAACCGUUGGACUACAAACGCUGAUUGCUUUGCUUGGAUCCGCCUAGCAAGUUGAGGUAUGCACGCUCAAGCAGCUCUG